AUGGAGCUCCAAGUACAGAGACUGGUAGACAAGGUGUGGAAGAGCUACUUAAAUAUACCUCGAGACCAGCGCCUGUUAAUCGGAAUCGGUGGCAUCCCAGGCUCAGGCAAAACAACGCUGGCCCAAACCAUCACCUACAAACUCAACGCCCUCGCCAACGCAUAUGCCCCAAAUGCGCCUCCACCAACCAUCUUCGUCCCCAUGGACGGCUUCCACCUCACCCGUGCCGAGCUCUCCGCCAUGCCGGAUCCGGUAACUGCUCAUGCUCGCCGCGGCGCCCCUUAUACCUUUGACGCUCACAAGUUUCAUGCCCUGGUGCAGUCGUUAAGAAGGCCCAUUUCGCCUUCGGAAACCAUCUAUGCGCCGUCUUUUGACCAUGCCGUUAAAGACCCCAAGGAGAAUGACAUUGCCGUGCUGCCGACUCAUCGGAUUGUCGUCAUUGAGGGGAACUAUGUGGCUCUGAACAAAGAAGUGUGGCGCGAUGCCGCCUUGUUGUUCGAUGAGCUGUGGUUUGUUGAGGUGGACUUCGAAGUGGCCAGGAAGAGGUUGAGAGAGAGACAUGUCCGAGCAGGCAUUGUCCAGACCAUAGAAGAGGGUGAUAAGAGAGCUACGGAGAAUGACUUGGUUAAUGGAAAAGAGAUUGUAGACUACAGCUUACAAGUGCACGAGCUAGUACAGAGCAGAGAAGACGGAAGUUGGGUUCAUGAAUAA